GGAUACUGUUCACUGGAGAGCUCUGGGAAUUCUUGAGUUUUACGGAACGCUACCCCAGCAUCGUUUACAACAUCCUGCUCUUCGGCCUGACGAGCGCGCUGGGGCAGAGUUUUAUUUUCAUGACGGUGGUGUACUUCGGACCUCUGACUUGUUCCAUCAUCACCACAACCCGCAAGUUCUUCACCAUUUUAGCGUCCGUCAUCCUGUUUGCCAAUCCCAUCAGCACGAUGCAGUGGGUGGGGACGGUCCUGGUGUUCUUGGGCCUUGGACUCGAUGCCAAAUUUGGAAAGGGAGUAAAGAAGACGUCGCAUUGAGGAAAUGGUUGAUCUCUGCAGUUGGAAUGAACUUUUAAUUUAUUGUCUUGUACCUCAAAAUCUGUUUUGAAACUGGACUCAGGAUAGGUAAUCAGAAGGAGAGUGUUUGGAUUUUUUUUUGUUGUUUUAGUUUUUUAAUUCUAAAUUGUCUUAAAAGUGUAAUACUUUAGUUUUAUCUGUAAUUAAGUGCUUUUUUCUUUUUUUUUCUUUUUUCUGUAAUCAAAGCUGCAUUACUAGAUCCUAGCAGCAGGAUGAUAUUCUUGCCUUAACAAGAAAAAACAGUUCAUAUCUUUAUUAAAGAAAAAGAGACAAU